GUGCUGCACUACGUGGUGCCGCGGGGCCGCCUGUUCCGCGGCUGCAGCGCGCUCAACGCCUGCCGCGAGCUGCUCCCGCCGGACCGCGCCGGGCUGGGCAAGCCGCUGGGCCUCGCCUUCGAGAUGCUGCAGGGCUACGUCGUCAUCAUCGACGACCUGGUCGACGUCGCCGAGCUGAGGAGGGGGCUGCCCGCCUGGCACACGCUGCCCGGCGUCGGCCUGCACGCCGUCAACGACGCUUUCCUAGUUCACACGGCGAUGAACAAGGUUCUGCACCGCUACUUCCGCACAGAGCCGAGCUACGUCCGCCUGUUCGAACUCUUCAACGAGGCGAUCUUCUAUGGUAUCAUAGCCCAGAACUACGAGUGCCACAACGGCUGCACCGGCGAGGGGAGGUUCGACGCCUUCGACCACGCGAUGCACGCGGCGCAGGCUCGCUUCAAGAUCUCGCACUACAGCUUCUACAGCCCGCUGGCCGCGGCCAUGCACCUGGCCGGCCUCUCGGACAGCGGGCGCCAGGGGGUGCUCUGGGGGGUGGCCCAGGACAUCGGGAUGCUCUUCACCGUGCAGGACGACUACAGCGACUGCUACGAGCCCGAGUCGCUGUCGGGGAAGACCCGGUGCGACAUCCGCAACGGCAAAUGCACCUGGCUGGUGGUGGAGGCCAAACGGCGUGCCAACGACAAGCAGCGUGCCCUGCUUAAGGAGAACUACGGUGUCGACGACGCCGAGAAGGUGGCGGCCGUGAUGGAGCUGUACGCGGAGCUGGGCAUGGAGGAGGCCAUCCAGGACUGGAUGCGCAGUGAGUACUCCAGGAUCAGCGAGGUCAUCCGGAGGCAGCGCGACCUGCCGCCCGAGGCGCUGCUCUACAUCCUGGACGCCAUCCGGCAGCCGCUGCUGCGGGUGGAGGAACCGUUACCGUAACGCAACAGGAAAUACACUGUCCGACUGUGGUAGCAUUAUUAUUGCAUUAUUUCUUUUAAAUGUUUUGCAACCUUGAAUAAAGUUUUUGUCAGAUUUUGUUCCACGAA